UAAAAAAUUUUUUCCAAUGAUGAUCAAAUGAUAAAAAUCAAGAUGGUAACCAAUUGCAACCAAACGAAAAGAAUCGAUAAGAUUUUUUAUUAAUUAUUGACGAUAUUGGUAUGUAUGUGUGAUAUUGAUUUUGGUUUUACCUGUAUUAUUAAAACGAGCAUGAAAAACAUCAUCAUCAUCAUCGAACAUAACGAAAACAACCAAUGUUAAUAAUAAUGAUGAUAAUGAAAACGAUAAAAAUUAAAUUCGAUAAUGCAUUGAUGGUCAUUCUUGUUACAUCAUUGAUAAUGUUUAUCAUGAUAUUAGCAACUUAUUAUUCGGAUUAUCAUCAUAUUCGUUCAUUGAAUAUUUAUCCAUCAUCAAAACAAUCUAUUGAUCAACUUUUAACAAUCGAUCAAUUUGUUACAGCAUUAAAUCCAUAUGUUGAUUAUCUAAAAAAACUUGAACAACGAUUAAAACAAUCAUCAUCAUCAUCUUAUAAUGAUCGUCAAAUAAUUUAUCAAGAAAUUCGUCAAAAACAAUCCGAAGUUGAAUUGAUAAAAGCACGUAUCUAUAAUAUUAUUGAAACAAUACCAUAUCGUAGUCAACAGGAAAGUAUUGAAUUAAAUAUUAAUCUACAAAAUUGUCGUACAUUUAUACGUAUUUGUGAAGAUUUUAUACGUCAAUAUUUUACUAAACAAAAAUGAUGGUCGAAAUGAUGAAAUGAUGGAUAUCUUUUUAUUGAUUUUUUAAUUUUGAAAUUUUUCAAAAAAAAAGAAAAUUACCUCAUAAUUUGUAA